UGACGGCGGCCGUUGGAUUCCCCUCCGCGAUAUUCACAACUAAUACUGUACAUAGUUUACUACUAUUUACGGCCCGGCCAGACCUGACAUCUUUAUCUCUGCCUUCGUCGACCCUCCCAGGCCCCUGGCAUUUGCCGUCCGACCGCCCGUCUCCACUCGCUACCAACGGCCUCUACCGCAUCGCCGUCUCAUCCCUCGUCCCCGUCCGCGGCGCGCGCCAGUCCACACUUCUGCCUGCCCAUAGAUGACGCUGGUUGCGCAGUCGAUUCCACGGAGCAGCGGCGCAUCAUUCCAUGCAGUCAAAUCUCAGAGCCCAGGCUGAGAUUCAGGCCCAGAGGAAGAAGCAGCUUGCAAACUCAUAUAAACAGCUACUCGAUGAAUUCGCAGCCACCGACCUCAAGACCGUCGGCAAUUAUACCGUCGGCAGACUGAUAGGCAAAGGCAGCUUUGGAAAAGUCUACUUGGCCUCACACAAGCUCAGCAAUGGCUCCAGAGUCGUGCUCAAGAGCGCGAGAAAGGACGAUGCUAACCUCGCGCGUGAAAUCCACCACCAUCGCCAAUUCAUACACCCCCACAUUGCUCGACUGUACGAGGUCAUAGUCACGGAGCAGAUGGUCUGGCUGGUGCUCGAAUACUGUCCCGGCGAUGAACUAUACAACUACCUCCUGGCCAAGGGCGCUCUCGAGCCCGCCAAAGUCCAGCGCAUCUUCACUCAGCUCGUCGGCGCCGUCACCUAUGUCCACAACAAGUCGUGCGUCCACCGCGAUCUCAAGCUCGAGAACAUCCUCCUGGAUAAACAUGGCGAUGUCAAGCUGGUCGACUUUGGCUUCACCCGCGAGUACGAGGGCAAGUCCAACUAUCUACAGACAUGGUGCGGGACAAUAUGCUACAGCGCCCCGGAAAUGCUCAAGGGCGAAAAGUAUGCUGGUGAAAAAGUAGACGUUUGGAGUUUGGGCAUCAUUCUCUACGCCCUGUUGGUGGGCGAGCUGCCUUUUGAUGACGACGAUGAGAUGGUUACCAAGACAAGGAUUUUGAAAGAGGAGCCAAAAUUUCCAGACUCCUUUCCCCCGCAGGCAAAAGAGUUGUGCCAGUCGUUGCUUUCAAAAAGGCCGAUUCUACGUCCUACCUUAGCCGACAUACUCCAAAACCCUUGGUUGUCGGAACACGCGCCGCGCCAGCAGGAGACACUAAAGCUGCAACAGCCGGCUCCCUUUUCCACCGAGCUAGAGAAGGAGGUUUUGCAGCGUAUGCGUGCUGCCGGAGUCGACAUUGACAUGGUGAUUGAGAAUGUAUUGGCACAAAGAUGUGACUCUCUCGCUGGUUGGUGGGCAUUGUUGCUCGAGAAGGAAGAACGAAAAGCCAGGAGGAGAGAGCGGAAACGAAAAGAAAAGGAGGCAGAAGCGAAGAGUCUUCGGCGGUUGAGUGCUGCAAGUAGUCGUCUCGACAAGCUUGCGCCUACCAUUAGGGAAACGGACGAAGAAGGGUACCACCUACCUCAGACACCAAAAAGUCGUGGUAGAACGGCGAACCGCAGCAGUUUACAUGGUGCUCCAGAAUUACCGCGUCUCCCGGAAUCGCUCACUUCUCCCAAUCUCACAAUUGACGACAAGCCCCUACCUCCAAUUGACCCUCCUCGAGGACGCAAAUCCCACUCUGCGUCACGGCCACCACUUCCUGCGAAAGAUAUCGAUAGACGGAGAUCACGUAGUAGCAUGCUGCAAGUUGUCUCCAAUCCCGAUCUCCUUUCACCAAACGGAUUUGUACCCAAACCGCGUCGGAAGCAGCCCAUCAUUGGCCACCUGCUAUCCCUCCGGAAUUGGAUAAAAGAGACAUCGAAGCGCGCACGGUCACCGAACUCGAAAGCUAGCAGUGUGCAGUCACCGAAAUUGCCUGAAAAUAAGUCCCCAGACGGUGGGAGACGAAGGCUUAACACAGCCAACCGCUCAUCUAUUUACAUGAACCCAAAGUCACCGCCAAUGGCCCCGGUUUCAACCAGACCGCGGACCUCUACACACGGCUCAGGCUCUGUGAGACGACUAUCAGCAUCUCCAGCUCCAUUGACACCACGGUCGUCAUACCGCCGGUCGUCUGGUGGUCUCCGAGGGCGCAAGUCAACAUCAUCAUCCGUGUCUUCGAUCCGCAGCAUGCCACACCACCACCACUCUCACAGCAAAGCCUCUUCAACAUCCUCGGCUUCGCUCGCCUCCCCCGCCGUCUCAACAUCCGGUCACUCGCACAAACCCUCCAAAUCGCCGCACAACAGCAUCAAAGUCCUACCCGCCACACCUACAUCAUCCUCUUUCCCUUCGAACAUCCGCGUCGUCCGCUCCGGAUACCCACCCGGCCUCAGCGAAUCCAGCGCCGCAUUUGGAAACGGCCACGCAAUGCCACCCCAAUCCCCCGGUCUCGUCUUCGCCAAGCGCAAACGCAGCGUCUUCAAAGGCCCCAUGCUCAACGUUAACACUGGCGUUGGCAAUGGCAGCUCGGGAGGCGGCGGGUGGCGCAGCAGAAGCGGCGAAGGGGGCUCGGGAAGCCGUGGCACGAGUUCGCAGGGUAGACGCAGUGGAGAGAUUCUGGGUAUUACCGAGGAAGAUGAGGAGGAAGAAGAGGAGAUUGAGGAGGUGGAAACGUUUGGGGGUCGCUUGGGUGAGGGCGAGUUUGUAGAGGAGGUUUUGGGACCGCCUCUUACGCCGCCGAUGAAGGAGGACAAGGAAGUUGAAGUGGAGAAGGAGAAAGAGAAGGAGAAGGUUGGGGGGGAUGCUUGAGGUGAGGGGAUUUGAAGGUAAAAGUUGUCCUUGUUGCUGGAGUUUUCUUUCUUCUUCUUCUUUCUUCCUUUCUUGUCUGUGUGUUUGAGUUGGUCGGAUUAGACAAUUGUUCGAUUGUGGGCUUGUUGUUGCAGAUGUUGAUUUUUUUUUCCUUUAUUUCUCUACCCUUUUUUUCUUAUCUUUGUCAUGGCAUCAUUCCCCGAUCCCCGCAUAUGUCUUUCUUUCCUUUAUUUACUCUUCUUAUAUCCCUCGGGUGUUCUAUGCCAAUGUAGUAAGCCAUCUUCUUUCCUUUCUCUCUCGUUUUGCAUUGGCAUCGUCACACUCAUACAAGCAUACCCUUUGGCGUUUAUAGGUUCCCCCCUUUUUUUCUCUAAUCUGCGCAAAAAAUUGAUACUUUUGGUACUUUUAUUCUCUCU